AUGAUGAGAGUACUCAGCCCCAUGAAAGCUUAUAUGCCACUAAUUCCCUUCCUUCAGAGGCUACAGAGAAAGAAGUUGGACAAGCAGUUUGCUAAGUUUGUGGAGAUUUUCAAGAAACUGCACAUUAUUAUUCCGUUUGCAGAUGCAAUUGUCCAAAUACCCAGCUAUUCUAAAUUCUUGAAGGAGAUCCUGUCUAACAAAAGAAAGUUGGAAGAACAUGAGAUAGUCUGCCUGAAUGAGGAGUCUUUUGGAUUAGGAGAAGCAAAACCUACAACCAUCUCUUUGCAACUGGCUGACAGAUUGAUCAAACGAUCGAAGGGGAUUAUUGAAGAUCUACUGGGAAGAGCAUUAAUUGAUGUUUAUGAUGGAAAGAUGAUUCUUCAGGUAGACAAUGAGCAAGUUAUAUUCAACGUGUUCAAGGCAAUGAAACAUCCAUUGACUUUCGACACUUGUUGCCAAAUAGAUGUUCUUGAAGAGCUUGUGGCAGAUACAUUUAAGACAGAGCAUUACACAAUCGGAAGCAACAAAUGUAGGAAAAGCUGA